UUGACUGGGAACUACAGCGAUCGCGUGUGCGUUCGCGUUUCCAGGUUCUAGAACUUCUAUGACACUAAUAAUGAAACAAAACUCCUUCACGCUGACAUGGUCCUCAUUGAUGAGGAGGGUAAUAGCAUCCAUGCUCAGGUCUAUCCUCCAACUGAUGAAUUGUUCAAGAACCGCGUCAAGGAAGGCGGUGUCUACACCUUCUCCUACUUUCGGGUCAGAGCCUCCAACAUCUACUACAAGCCAGUAGAAAAUGAAGAGAUGCUUGUGUUCACAAAAUGGACCAAGGUGGAAGAAGUCCUUGCUGUUCCUCCUGCUUUCCCAAUGUAUGCCUACUCAAUUGCCUCACAAGAACAGCUUCAAGCACGUAUUGACAGCAGGGCACAGUUUACAGACGUUAUUGGAGUCAUAACUGCCAUUUCAAAUACUGGGACAACACAAACAAAGCUAAGGCAGGGCGACAGCACCAAGAGGACCGUCACUAUACAGACACCAAGCAACAUCCUCUUAGAUGUUGUGCUUUGGUCAGAGCAUGCCACAGCUUUCCCAGCAGAUGAAAUACUCAAAGGUGGCCAGACUUCUCCACAGGUUGUGUUGUUUGUUGGUACUCUUGUCAAAAGCUUUGGAGGUAUGUCCUUGUCCGGGAGUUCGUCUUGCAAGUGGUACAUCAAUCUUGACAUUCCUGACACAAAGAAACUUCUAGCUAGCGCCACAGCAGGGUAUAAGCCAAUUGCUUGGUCUGAGAGCUCAAGUGCUGCUGUCCAAAAAGAACCUGCUCAGAAAAAAAGCUCUCUGAGAUUUUAGAUCUCAAUCCAUUUGAGUUCCAGAAAACUGAGUUUAUAGUCAUGGUCGCUGUAAAGAAGAUCGGCAGCAACUGGUGGUACAAUGCGUGCAAAAAAUGCAUGAAGACAACAAAACGCCAUGGUGAUUCCUACAAGUGCACAAAUGCUAAGUGUAACAACAUUGGGAUACCCAAUCCAAGGUUCAAGUUAUCCAUACUAGCUGGUGACGACACAAAUGCUGCUGAGUUCAUUCUGUUUGGGAGGCAAGCUCAGCGACUGACAAGAAAAUCGGCUGACACCCUUGUGGCUGAAAACCCAACUGACUUCAUUCCAGAUGAGAUUACAAGGCUGCUUGAGAAGACGUUCACAUGGAUAGUCAGUUUUACUGAUAGCACCACAGAUUCCGGCACCAUAACACUCCAAGUCAACACAGUGGUUGGAGAAGUCGGUCAAGGAGGCUCUAUCAUUCCAGCCAUGCCAACCACAUCCCAAACAUCCUCACUCAUGCUGUCAGAAGGUGCCACCACCAGCGUGCAUGGCGCUUCUCACCAGGAUGCUUCUCACCAGAACCAUGCUCUUCCUAUGUCACCACUUGCUGCCUGCUCUGUUGAUAGCCAUGCCUCCAAUGCCUCCCCGGUCAGGCCUGCCUUACCUGCAUCUGAUGCGCCGCAGACUCCACAGAGUGUGAAGAGCACAGCUAAUUACAAGGACAAGUCUGAAAAUCAUGCUGUGAAGCCUUCUAAGAGUGCUCUGGUGCCA